CGGCCACAUCAAAAAACUGGGGGUCUGGCGUGACCCUGUUAUUUCUAUUCUGCAAUAAAAUAGCUGUGUAAUCUUAGUUAACUAGUGUGUGGUUUUUUGUUGAUUUAUUAUAAUUUGUAGUGUAAUACAUGUGUAAAAUAUGGAACGUGCUACUGGAACCGAAGUGUACGGGUGUGGCUCUACCCAAAGCACGGACAUAACUUUGAAUAUACAUACCACCACGGGUGGUAAUUUUUCCGUGAGUUUGAACGGCAAAAGCACCGUCGAGCAUCUAAAGAAACUAGUUUCAAAGAAACUAAAAGUGUCAAAGGAUCGAAUAUGCUUACUACAUCGCGAGAGACAAUUGAGGGACGGCACGUUGGAAGAAAAUGGACUGAUGGACGGGUCGCGGGUCAUCCUACUACCAAGCGUCGAGACCGGAUUGCUGAGUCAAAGACCCGAGAAUACAGUGAUGCAAGCAUUAGAGUCCUUGAAUGACACCCAAGUCAAUGAUUUCUUGAGUGGUAAAUCACCAUUAAAUUUGACAAUGCGCUUGGGAGAUCACAUGAUGUUGAUACAACUUCAGCUAUCUACCCUACACUCCAGUUCUUGUCCUAGAUCUUUAAGGAAUUCUGCAGCUGCAAAAACCUCUUCAACUUCUCAGCAGGCAGCAAGUGAUAAUAAGGAUAGUAAGGAUUCUAACCAUCAAAAUAACACACAAAAAUCUGAGCCAGAGACCAACAGUCCUGAAAAAGAAAAAAGUAAUCCUGAUCUACAAACACAUGUGUUCCAAAAACAUGAUUUAGAGUUAUUACAGAAUGCCUUUGAUCUAUAUCGCUCUAUGGCUGAAGAGAAAUAUGCAAAUGCUACAAAAACAGAAGCAAAAAAUGACAAAACUGAAUCAUUAGACGGAACUAACUGUACUAUACCAGAUUUGUCGAACAUAACUGUAGAAAAUGACCAAUCACCAAUUAAAUCACUCUCCAACAUGGUGUCUAGUCCUAUUGAUACUUCUGCUACACCUACAACAGAAACUAGAGAUAUGUCAAUUGUUAAUUCUGUUAAAAGUAAUUUACUGGAGUUACUAUCACAAAACAAAUCAAAUAGUGAACCUGUCCCAUCAACAAGUGGUAUGACUGAUAAAGCAUGUCCUUCAACAUCAUCACAUGCAUCUGAUAGUUCAUUUAGUGAUGACAAUGACAAUUUCACUGACCAAAGCUCGUUUCUUGCUGAGAGUACAAUAGAUGAAUAUCCUAUGGAAAAUCUCUUCAACAGUGCUGUAGACAAAGGCUUGUUUGGAGACCAAGAUGAAUGUAUGUUGGAUAGAGAGAUUUCAAAUUUGGCAACUACUAGUCAUGGACAGGCAUCAAACACAGGCACAUUGCCUUCCUUUCAGAGUUUAAAUGAGCCAUUGAAAAAUAAGAGAUUCCAAUAUUUACUUCAUAAAACUUCCAAAUUUAAACAUCCCAUAGGACAAAAUAAACAAAGAGCCUUCAUGCAGUCUGUUGUAAACAAACACAAGAAGAGAAUGCAAUCUAGACAAGAUAAUAUAGCAGCUCAACCUUCAACAUCUCGAACAGAACCAUAUAUAACAAACCCAAGGAAACUUAUACUACAGCCAAGCAACAGCAAUGCCGAUGAUCAAGCCACUCCUUCUACGUCUAAACAAAUAUCCUUCAGACCCCCUGAUGCGCCAAAGAAGCCUGCUAGAGUGUUGCCCACACCCACAGUAGACACUAAAGCACUAAUAGAGGCCUCAAAGAAUUUGACUCAGAAACUGAAAAAGUUGUCAAAGGAAGUGUUAACAAACAAAAUUGAUCUCAGAACUGCCGAAGAGACUAUGCGGUCCAAGAUUGGCCCUGGUGCUGUGAUAGAGUCCAUGAAACAUCAUGGCAAAGGAAUAUAUUCAGGAACUUUCUCAGGAACGCUCAAUCCUGCACUUCAGGACAGAUAUGGACGACCAAAGAGAGAUAUAUCUACAAUUAUACAUAUUCUGAAUGAUUUACUAUGUGCAACUCCACCUAUUGCUUUAGCUCAGAAGGAUCCCAGUCACUCCUGUGCUAGUACUGAAGAACAAACCAAAUGUGUAGGGUGCAGUCAACCUUCAUGCUUAUAUGGACAAUGCGACGGUCACCUACCUUCCACAUCCACCGACAAAAAAGACUGUUCAUGCAAACUGACACAUUGUCAGUGCAUUAGACUCGCUCCUGUCGCCUGCGCCAGUUGCGUCACUAAGCCCCCCGAUGAAAUAUGCAAGAAAUGCGACACAGCUAAAGCUCUGGCCAUUGAAAACUCAAAGACAAAGUGCAAACUAGAACAAUUAAGGCUCGUAAUGCAACAGAAGAAACAGAGACGAGAGGCGAGAAAGUUAAAGACGAUGCCUUAUGCAAAUACAGCCCCCAAAGCAAUCUCUUCCCCGGAACAGCCACCUGUUAUAAAAGAAGAAAUCGAAACAGUUGCCUAACCCGCGAUUUGGCCGCAAGCACGUGUGAGGCUGAUGAAAAUGUUGCUUGCGUUUUUCACACUUAUGAAUAAGAAACAAAAGGCCCCAGGAAAAACUGAAAAAUUACAAAUCUAAAGUGUUGAAAACAUACAUGAAAUUGACAAUAUGUUUGGGUUCAGCUUAUCUCAUGUAAAUAGUUUUUGUGCCUAAAUUUUACAGAAUGAAUUUACGUAAACGUAUUCUACAUAGACGCCUGUGUAAACAA